AUGUCAUUGAGACACAUGAUCAUCCACACAGGAGAGAAACCCUUUAGCUGCUCAGUUUGUAAGAAAGCUUUUUCACAGAAUAUAGAUUUAAAGACACACAUGAGAGUCCACACAGGAGAGAAACCCUUUAGCUGCUCAGUCUGUACGAAAGCUUUUUCACAGAAUAUACAUUUCAAGGCACACAUGAGAAUCCACACAGGAGAGAAACCCUUUAGCUGCUCAGUUUGUACAAAAUAUUUUGCAGUGAGUGCAAGUUUAACAAAACACAUGAGAAUUCACACAGGAGAGAAACCACACAGCUGCUCAGUCUGUAAGAAAGCUUUUUCACAGAGUGGAAGUUUAAAGGCACACAUGAGAGUCCACACAGGAGAGAAAUCACACAGCUGCUCAGUUUGUAAGAAAGCUUUUUCACAGAGUGGAAGUUUAAAGGACCACAUGAGAAUCCACAUAGGAGAGAAACCCUUUAGCUGCUCAGUUUGUAUGAAAGCUUUUUCACGGAGUGGAAGUUUAAAGAGACACAUGAGAAUCCACACAGGAGAGAAACCCUUUAGCUGCUCAGUCUGUAUGCAAGCUUUUUCACUGAGAGGAAAUUUAAAGGCACACAUGAGAUUUGGUUGGACUCAUGUGACUCUGCUGAUCGUGGUGACUCAGUCUCACCUCAUCAUUCACAACCUGUUUGGCGGGAUGAUCUGGUUCCUUGGGCCGAUUUCCUGUGUAGUCUGUAACAACAUUAUGGCCUACAUGUUUGGUUUCUUCUUCGGGCGCACCCCUCUCAUCAAGGUGCUCAUGUCAACAAAUGGGGCACACAGCGCAGCAGUGUAA